AUGACUGAAGAACUGGAGUAUUUGAAACAUGCGAGUGCGCGGGGCGGGGUGGUGCCACCGUCAUCCCCACCCGGGUCAGGGGCGGGGGUCGCAGUGGGUGCGGGGGGCGGAGGGGGAUGGAGGAACCGCCGCUCGCAGAAACUGGACAAGAUGGAGAUACUCACGUUACAAUCGUCCCUGCAUUCGGAGAUACAGGCCAAGCAGGCGGUAGGGGAAGAGCUCAGCAGGACCAGGGCAGAGCUGCUGGCUAGCCAGAGGGAAUUGGUGGAAGUACGUCAACGGCUUGAAUCGCUCAGUCGCGACAUGAAACACAAGGAGCAGCAUAUACGUGACAUGCAAGCUAGACUGGACCAACACGCUCCCCAUCAGCCGGGCAAUUCCUCUCGGUCGUGGCGAUGGUCGAGUCCAUAUAUGCCGUUGUUUAUAGGCGUGACUUCAUGUUUAUGGGGUGUGGCAAUACUCGUUUAUCACCAGAUAUACGACUGAUAUUUGCUUUAUUUCUAUAG